AGAAUCCAAUUGCGCUUCGAUGGGAGAAAAGCCAUCCUUACCCAGACCUUUAUGGGAGAGAAUCCAAUGCAAGGGAAGAAAAAAGAAAAAGAAAAUGGGUGCUCUUGGCUGUGGGCUAUAAGAGGACUUCAGCUUCGUCUCGUCGCCACAAGAGGAAAUCAAUUUGUCAUCAAAUAGCAAAAGCGGUAGAAGUUAAUGGCGGAAUUCACCGAGGUGUUCGAUGUUGAAAAGGGGGGUAGCAAGUGGAAAUCUUACAUGGACUUCAUUCAUAAGAUGCGCCGUCUACUAGGAGUGAGAUUUUCGCACAAUCGCCCCGUCCUUCCUCCUCAGGAGAAUCCUCCCAAGAAAUGGUUCGACGUCGUGCUGCGAUCCAGCACCAGUGAGAUCACGCUAAGGAUCCGGCGGGACAACCUCUACCUGGACGGCUACCGAAUGGAGAAUCCUAAGCAGUGGUUAGAAUUUGGGGAUCGUUCUUCUCGACAACAUCUAAUUCCUGGAUCCACCUUCCUGGGCUUCGAUGGUGGCUACGAUGACUUGCAACGUUCUGCCCAAGAAAAUAUGGAGAAAAUAUCUCUUGGCGCGGAGGAAAUCAAGAAAGCUGUUAACCAGCUCGCUACCUCCACGAGUGGCAAGGACAGGGCGCGGCAUUUGAUUGUCGUGGUCCAGAUGAUCUGCGAGUCGAUUAGAUUCGAACGCAUCUCCGAAUUUCUUGCUACCGAAUUCCCCGGCAGUUCGAAACCCCCUAAAUGGAUGCCGGCACUCGAGCACGGCUGGGGAGAUCUCUCUGCCGCGUUGCUGCGCGCCGAUGCCAAUCCCGACCGUCCCUUCCGCCUUCCGCAACCCAAUGCUAUGGGAAUAGUGACGGCCGAGCAGGCGGCAGCGGACCUUGGCAUCUUGCUGGAUUCCUCCCACUUGCGCCCAAGGAUUCAGCUCAUGGUCGCCGCCUUCAACCAGGGUGAAGGGCGACCACUGGUGGAGGUCUUCUGGGUGCGCGUCAACAACAUCGACCGAAAGGACCCGGGCGACCUCUACGGCACGAUCACAGUCACGGACGGGCUGGGUUCCCAAUACCUCUACAAGCGCACGAGGGACCAAUACGAGUCCAUCCACCCGGGCCAGAAUGCUCUGCUCACCGGCCCAGCUCGAGCCAUCUCGGCCUAUGGGAGCUUCACCAUGGAUGUGGCUCUCAUGGAUAAGGAUGCUGAAGUCAGCCGCGGGCAGAUCUCGUGCAACGUUUACAACACCAGCAAUGAGUAUGACAAGCCCUUAUUCCGCAACGUUGAUGGCAAGAAUGGCUCGGUGACGGUGAACUACGCGGUGUUAAGUGAUGCGGCGGAGGCGGCUGUGGAGGUUACGCUCAUAGAUGGAGACGGGAAGAACCCCGCCCAUGUUUAUGGACGGCUUAGUUCUCGCAAUGGCAAAGGUGAGAGUGAGCUCUUUCGGAAGAGGUCGAGCGAGCGCAUAGAUGUACGUCCCGGGCAGCUCAUCCCGCUGUCGAGAUCCGUAGUGGCUGUGCCGUCCAACUCCUCCCUCGUGGUUGAGGCGGAUCUCUAUGAUCAUCGCAGCGAUGCUUCUUCCGGUGAUGAGAUUGCCAAGGGCACUGCAGAGUUCCCUUCCAAGCUUCAGGGCACGUAUGAGAAGAUCAUCCAAGGCAAGAAAGGAUUGCCGAAGUAGAAAUGGAGUUUGUGGAGAUUACGAGGUUUUGAAGAACAGAUAGAGCUUUUUCUCUUUGUAUACACUCAAGGUGAGAGCUCUAAUGAUCAUGAGUGACGACCUAUAGUUCCAUAUAGAUGCCUUUUAUUCCAUUCCUGACAACUCCUAUUAAAGUUUCUCUCUACUUAUUAUGCCAUAGAAUAUCCAAAUCCAGGGAUUACCCCUAGAAUCCAUGCUUUGAUUCAAAGCCGGUGUUGGAUUUUAUGGGUUUUCUAUUCAUAAUCUUU